AUGAAGCAGCGAAGCUACGGCAAUGCCAAGUUUACAGCUUUGGCACAGGACGGGAUCGACGAGGACUAUUUCUCAGACAACUACAGCGGCGACGAAAGUGUGUGGAGAAGUCCCUGGUGCUGGGGCGGAAUUUGCCUUUGCUGCUUAUGUUUCACAAUGCUGCCGCUUUUUGUGGCCUCGUUCUUUUUGAACUCCUGGGCGACCGAUGCCAUGGAGGCCGCGGGCUUGCAGACCUUUGGGGUGCCCACCACGGUGGACUCCGUGGAGAUCUCCCCACUGAGCGCACGCUGGAGCCUGGCGAACCUCCGGGUGGCCAGUCCACCGGGCUUUGGUGAGUUCCCAUACCUGAUCAUAGAUAAUGGCAUCUUCGAUUUAAGCUUCCGUUCGAUGUUUUUCAAUCCGUUGUACUUGGAAGAGCUUACGCUGCGGGACGUGCGGCUGAAUUGGGAUCAACGCGUUGAUGGCACCUCCAACGGCAAGACUAUCAUGGAGCACAUCAGCGCAGCCUCCAAGUCCGCGGCCAACAAGCAGUUCAACGAUUACCUGAUGACCAAGCAGGUCAUCGUGGACAAGAUUACGUUCUUCAAUAUUGUAACGCGCCUCUGUUUGCAUCCCUCCUGUGAAAUGUCACCACCUCCAUACUUCGUCAUCAAGAAGGUCGAGGUGAAUGAUGUUGGAAAGAAGACAGGUGGAGUCUACAUCCCGGACCUUUUGCAUGUGAUCGUACAAGCUGUGGUUGUUGCAGCUAUCAAGGCUGCCCCAAACCAACUGGGGAACCCUGUGGCUGACAGCUUGGGCGCCGGUUCUUGGGCUGUACAGACUGCAUCAUACCCGAAUAGCUCUUUCCACCCUGAUCAGUUCUACUGA